AUGUCUGCGAUGUCAGGGGCAGCUCCCCCGCUGGCCUCCAGCGCCGUCCGCUUCGUCGCAGCAUCCAAGAAGUCCCCGCUGGGCUCUCUCCAGCUCUGCCUGCGCGUCAAGCCGGGAGUCAGCAAGGCCCGCGAGGGAAUCGACCGCGUCACAGAUAGCGCCAUCGAUGUCUGCGUGGCGGCCCAGCCCCGCGAAGGAGAGUCCAACAGGGCCGUCAUCCAGGUCCUGAGCGGCGUCUUGGGUGUGCCCCGGUCGAGGCUCCAUCUGACCCGCGGGCUCAAGUCGAGGGAUAAGACGGUCGUCGUCGCAGACGUUCCCGGCGACGGUGAUGAGUAUGCUCGGGCCGUCGUCGAAUUGCUUAGAAAGGCGAGCGAGUCAUCCUGA